AUGUCCGAACGAUCUUCGUCACCUCAAGAUAUUAACAGCAGCAAAUUUGCUACUGAAGUAAUACCGGAAAUCAAAAACUUCUCUAAAUUCACAACAAUUGACAGAUUAUCAGAGGAAGAUAGUCCAGUGGUACUGUUUGAAGAAGAUGGAAGGUCUUUUUUGACCAGUAAAUUUCAGUUUUAUAGUACGAUAUGGGAAAGAAGCAGGACUUUCAUAACCCUUACAAGCGUGGCAAUACUGAUAGGUUGUAUUGCAGGUUUUAUACAAAUCUUUACUGAAACUUUAGUUAAUUGGAAAACAGGAUAUUGUGCUAGAAAUUGGCUACUGAACAAAUCGUUUUGCUGCGCAAAUAUUCCUGAAUCCUUAGAUAAGAGAAGCUUAUUGUUCGACAAAAGAGAUGAACUUCAAUGUCUAGACGAAGGUCUAUGGGUAAAUUGGAAUGGGCAUAUCCUGCCAUUUUUCAUGUUCUUCUCCUUAUCGAUAAUAUUUACAUCAAUUAGUACGUUAUUGGUUAAAUUCGUUGCACCAAUGGCAACGGGAUCAGGUAUCUCCGAAAUUAAAACAUGGGUCUCAGGUUUUGAACACUUGCCUGAAUUUUUGAAUUCGCCUACUCUCAUAGUUAAGAGUAUAGCACUUCCCUUAACUAUAGCAUCCGGUUUGGCAGUUGGUAAAGAAGGUCCAUCCGUUCAUUAUGCCACAUGUUGCGGCUAUAUCGUAACAAAAUGGCUGUUGAAGGGAGAAUUGACAUAUUCGUCACAGUUUGAAUAUUUGACGGCUGCAAGUGGUGCUGGUGUAGCUGUUGCCUUUGGUGCACCAAUUGGAGGUGUACUUUUCGGUCUGGAGGAAAUAUCUUCCUCAAAUUCUUUCAAUGGAUCUAUGUUAUGGAAAUCAUAUUACGUUGCUCUUAUUGCAGUCACCACUUUAAAAUGCAUAAAUCCAUUUAGAAACGGUAAAAUUAUUCUGUUUAACGUCACUUACGACAAAAAUUGGAAAGUCUUGGAAAUUCCUGUAUUCAUUUUAUUGGGAAUUUUUGGUGGAUUCUACGGUCAAUUCGUAAGUAAAUGGAACAUUAGUUAUGUGCAUUUCCGUAAAAAAUACUUGUCAUCCUGGCCUAUUCAAGAAGUCCUUGUAUUGACUGUCAUGACAGCAUUAAUUUCUUACUUCAACGAAUUUUUAAGGUUGGAUAUGACGGAGAGUAUGGGCAUUCUUUUCCAUGAGUGCACCACAAAUGACAAUUCAUCUUCAUUCCAACAUAGACUUUGUUUGCUAGAUGAAAAUACACACGUGAUCAGCUUCUUAAGAGUUUUCUCAUCACUGUCCUUUGCAACCGUCAUUAGAAUGUUAUUAGUAAUUAUAUCAUAUGGGGCCAUGAUUCCUGCUGGUAUUUUUGUUCCUUCCAUGGCAAUCGGUGCAACUUUUGGCCGUGCUAUCAGUCUUUUGGUGGAACGCUUUAUUUGUGGUCCUGGCGUUAUCACCCCAGGAGCCUAUGCCUUUUUAGGUGCAGCAGCAACGUUGACAGGGAUAACUAAUUUAACAUUGACAGUUGUUGUUAUUAUGCUAGAACUAACCGGUGCAUUCAUUUAUAUUAUUCCUACUAUGAUUGUUGUAGCAAUCACUAGAGUUCUUCUAAAUUCAAAUCAUGUUGAUGGUAUCGCAGAUCAAAUGAUUCUUGUGAAUGGAUUUCCUUAUUUGGACAGGGCUGAAGACAAAUAUGAUGAUUUCAUGGAUAAGCAUACUGCUGAAGAAAUCAUGGAAACUAAUAUGAUUACUUUGAGAGAAACCAUGUAUUUUUCAGAACUUGAAGACCUUGUAUAUAAUGUCUCCGGAAAGGAUGUCAGUGGCUUCCCUAUUAUAAAAGAUGGUGACGAAAACGAGCCUGAGAAAAGAUGCAUUGGUUAUAUCCUAAAACACCGUCUGGUCAAGAGGUUAACGGCUCAAAGUUUACCUACUACGGACAGUCGUAGAACAAUUGUUCACUUUUCAAAGAAAGAAUAUUAUAAUAGUGACGAUGAAAUAGAUCUAUCGGGAAUCACUAUAAUUUCCCCUGUAACUGCCAAGAUAGAUACAUCUGCUUCCACUUUAUUUUGCACGUUUCAAAGAAUGGGAUGUAAAACUAUAAUAAUAGAGAAAGACGGCUUUUUACAGGGCUUAAUAACCAGUAAAGACAUCAUAAAAUUCGAGCGUAUUAAAGCUAGGGAGAUUUAUGGACCAAGAUACGAAUACAAUGAAAAACUAAAUGAGAAAGUAUGGUCAUAUUUAGAAUAUCUCACUAAACUAUUCGCAUAA